AUGCGCUUCUCGUGGGUGUUCUCAAUUCUAGCCCUUGGUGCCAAUGCUCAGAAAGUGUCAGAAUGUCCCCUUCUCGGACCAGCAUUCCCAGCACCCACUGCCCUGUCAAAAUCCGGGGUUUUCCUCCAGGCGACUGAGAGUCUGACUUUGAAGCUCAAGGAAGCGAUUGCCAAUGGAAGUCUUCCUUCCAGCUCGUUUUCCAUUCAAUUGUUCAGCGGCCACGAGAGUCACUCGGCCUUUACCUUUUCACAUACGGACGAUGGAAUUGCCACUGGCUCUAUAGGUGUUCGAGAAGUGAACGAAGACUCCAUAUUUCGCAUUGGCAGCAUCUCGAAAUUGUGGACUAUGUUCCUUUACAUGACCUUGGACGGCACAAAAUACUUUCCCCAUCCGGUGUCCAGUUACGUCCCUGAACUGCGAACCAAUCACAAAACGAAGCAGAAUGCAAUUGAUCAUGUACAAUGGGACGACAUAACCAUUGGAGAGCUGGCCAGCCACCAAGCCGGGAUCUCAAGAGACUAUGCAUUCGGAGACCUCGGGUUCCAAUCGACUACCCUCCAGGCGUUGGGUUUCCCUACUCUUUCUAAAUCCGACCGACUUACUUGUGGCAGUACUUUCAACUGUGACAGAAAGGAAUUCUUCGAAGGCGUGCUUAAAGCGCAUCCACUCACUACCAACUCACACACACCUAUAUACUCUAACGCAGGCUACCAAAUUCUUGGCUAUGCAUUGGAAGCCAUCGCCAAGGCCGAUUUCGAAGACAUUUUAAUCGAUCGUCUGAUCAAGCCACUCAAUCUGACUCAGUCCGGUCUUCAACCCCAGUCGAGAUUCGGUGUGAUUCCCUCCAACGAGGCUCAUAGCUGGUUCAACUAUACAGUGGGGGACGAAAACCCGGCCGGGGGAGUGUUCUCGUCUUCAAAGGACAUGGCUACUGUUGGCCGUGCUAUACUUUCAAGUGCUCUGGUCAAGCCUGCCAUCACAAGAAGAUGGCUCAAGCCAGCCACGCAUACCUCCUCUCUGCAGCACUCGGUUGGAGCACCAUGGGAGAUCUAUUCUUUCGCAACAGACAAGCGUCAAGUGGACCUUUAUAGCAAAGCUGGAGACAUUGGAGUCUACUCCAGCUUCAUGGGUCUUUCCCCAGACUACAAUGCCGGAUUUACCGUUCUGCUUGCUGGUGAUAGCAAUCCACACCAGCUGACAGCGAAUCUUGCCGAAAUGAUUGCAGACAACGUACUCCCAGCGCUUGAAGAGGCCGCCAGAAGUCAAGCGCUUGAACGCUUUGCAGGGAAGUAUUUUGUUGCGCAUGGUGGUUCCAACUCUUCGAUUACCAUCACGGCUGAUGAUGGCCCGGGGUUGAAGAUAACAGAGUGGACCAGUAACUCUGUCGACAUGUUCAAGACCCUAAUAGCUUUGCAAGGGCUGACCGACCGCUCGAAGUUAAACAUUCGUCUACAACCAAAUGGUCUCGAGACAGCCGGGCGAAUCGCGUUCUCGGCCGUUAAUCUUGUUGCCAAUCCAGCAAGCAAUGGCGGACCUAUCCUCAGCUCGUGUUUGUCCUGGAUCUUGCUUGAUUCUUUUGUAUAUGGCAACAUUGGUCUCACCGAGUUCGAGUUUGAACUGGAUAACAACGGACAUGCCGCCGCGAUAAUCCCGCGCGCACUCCGCAUUACGAUUCCUAGGGCUUAG